AUGGAAGAAACUAUAGGAGCUGAAGCGAUGCAAGCGCUUGAUGUGCUUGACCAGCACAAGCGUGCCUGUAAAGACCGAUACUACCGGCAAGCCCUGAAGCGAGAGUCCCAGAAAGCCCGCUACGUGGACACCUACUCGAAGGUGAACAGCUUGAAGCAACUGGUUGCAAAGGACCGCGGCUUCCAAGUCACUGUCAGACACCCCAGGCUUUGGUACUUGCUUGACACUGACGUCGGCCGCCCUAUCCAAAACCUCGGCACUCCUCCCACCCCCCGCUGGGAUGCGCAGGGACAACUUGGUCUCACUCUCCGCGAGAAGCCUCUCCUCUUGCUUUUCUUCUUUUGCCUAUCACUUGCACUUCUCUUCUUUGUUAUCUUUGCAACUUAG